UCGAGCAGGUAUCACAAGAGGAGGGUGCAGAUAGGAAAUGGGUAUUUUCAGAAUAACGCCCGUGUACCGGGCGGUGACUUCAGCAUUUUAAAGGAAUAAUACUCUGAGUCUGUAUUCAGAAAAGGUCUCCGGGUUCAUUUAGAGGAACAUGUAAAACGUCCUCAAAUCAGAUAAGGACUGAGGCCGACUGAUGACGAGAUCAGAUCGCCAGUGUCUGCACUUCUCAGGCAUGCAAACACCAUGGGCAUAAAGUGUGAUCAGGAACGCGUUUUGGCAUAAGAGAAAGACUGACUCUGUGACUGAAAGCGCUUUUCCAGAUGGAGACUGACCUGAGGUUGGAGUCAAGUUUGUGGAUCGGAAAUAAAAGAUAUCGGGCCGUCCUCACAGGUUGGCAUUUGAAAUGGACUGAGGCAGAUAAGAAGAAUGGUGACAAGAAAACAGUUUCAGUACCUGUGGCUGAGGUGGUUGGAGUGGAGAACGGUCGGGUAGAGAUCUUGCCCCAGAAGUCAGUUGAAGACACAGACAAAGAUUUCACAGUUUUCUACGUCAAGCGUAGCAGAAGUAGAAGCACUUAUGGGUUGUUGUGGAGCCUGGGCCGGACCCAGUUCAGCUGCCCCAGUCGGGUCCUCAGAGACCAGUGGACUAAUCACCUAAGGACUGCCCUCAAAACUCACAGUCCUUUGCGCCCACAUAGACUGCUGGUGUUCAUCAACCCAUUUGGAGGAAAGAAGAAAGGAAGAGAGAUCUACCAUUCACUUGUUGCCCCUCUGUUUGAGCUGGCUGGGAUCAGCUCUCACGUUAUAGUGACUGAACGGGCUAACCAGGCCAGAGACCACCUCUUGAAGAAAGAUCUGACAGGCUUUGAUGGUGUGGUCUGUGUGGGCGGCGAUGGCAUGUUCAGCGAAAUACUUCAUGGUUUGAUUGGGCGGACACAACAAGAGGCAGGUCUUUGUGAGACUGAUCCCGCUGUCACAUUGCAGCCAUGCCCACUUCACAUUGGCAUCAUCCCUGCAGGUUCUACAGACUGUGUGUGUUAUGCCACAGUGGGGGUUAUUGAUCCUGUUACUUCAGCUUUGCACAUUAUUAUUGGAGACUCUCAGCCAUUAGACGUGUGUUCAGUUCACCAUGCUUCCACCCUGGUACGCUACUCGGUAUCUCUGGUGGGCUAUGGCUUCUAUGGAGACGUACUGGCUGAGAGUGAAAAACACCGCUGGAUGGGACCUCUCAGAUACGACUAUUCAGGUACAGUUGUGUACCUGAGCAACAGAAGCUAUGCGGGCAUAGUUCAGUAUCUACCAGCAGACCCGCUGCUCUCCAGCCCUAGAGAUAAAACGCGCUGCCUCUCAGGGUGCAAUGUGUGCUCCAGAAGUACAGAGCGACUAUUCCCACACACUUCUGAUUCAGGCUCCCUGUACAGCUCCCACUUCAGCCAGUACAGCAAUGACUCUGAAGGUGAAUGGGUGAGUGUGGAGGGCAGGUUCAGGUGUGUAUCGCUCACUUGUAUGUCCAGCUCAUGUGCCAGGAGCCCAUUAGGUCUCUCUCCGUCUGCUCAUCUGGCAGACGGAACAGGGGAUCUCAUCCUAGUAUGGGACACUCACCCACUGAGCUUCCUCAAGUUUCUCUACAGACACACAAGCACACAGGACCAGUUCGACCUGCCGUUUGUGGAGGUCCAUCGAGUGAAGGCCGUCCGUUUCUCUCUCCCAGAUGGCAGAGAAGAAGAGGUGCAUGAAGAAAUCGGAGAGCUGAAUUGCGCAAUAGGUGGCGAAGAGCGAGAAUACGUGGACACUGUAUGCAGAAAUGGAUCUCAGCAGCAAUUGGCACAGAGUGUGGUGGAGCGAGAGACGAAGAACGAGCACAAAACAGUGGCUCCCAUCCUGUGUGGUCUGUGCUGCAAAAAGACUCCAGCUGUGUCCGUGUGGAACUGUGAUGGAGAGAUUCUGCCUUUCACUGAGAUCUUCUGCAGGAUCCACGGUCAGCUGGUACGUCUGUACGCCAGGGGCAUUGAGGACGGAGCAGCCAUGCAAAACUGCAGCCGGGAGAGUGACAAGAAUAAAAGUAGAUGCAUCACAUACAAAUAGUCUGAACUAAAUUCUUGAUGAGAAAAAAGUGAAGAAUAGUGUUUGCAUCGUGGGACUGAUUUGUGAAUUUAUUAAAAAAAAAAAAAAAAAAUUAGGCAGACUAGCUUUCUGUGAUUGCCAAAAAGUUCCUUUUAUUUCAGGUACUUCUAUGGAUUGUCAUUGUAAUAACGAUAAAGACUAUUUAUUUUUUAAAUGUGCAUGUGUGUGUUAGUUGACUACUGCUUGCUAAUUUGGGGGGCUUUCGUUUGGUCAGCAAACUAGAUUCACUUUUACAGUAUGCUGCAAGUGAGCAGUUUGUGGUCUGAAUUUUAUUUAUGUGCACAAGUUUUCAGAGAAUAAGGUCAUGGGUAAUGCAAACAGAACUUGAAAGACAACAAAAUCUUUGUGCAAUGAAAAAGGCUUGCAUGACUUUUUAUUGCUUGAUUGUUCAGCAGCAGUGCAUAUUUUAUAUGCAACUGAAUAAAAGGUGAUUCUACUGGUUCUGCAUUAUCUAUAAACAUUCUUCUAGCUUCACACAAAUCUAUUAAAUGCAUGACAAUUUAAAAAAUAUAUAUAUAUGGCCCAUUAAAAUCAUUACUGCAGAAGGUUGUCACAAAAAACUACAAAAAGUUGUUUAAAAAGAUGUUUGUCCUUGCUGCACUUCCCCCUGCUUUCAAAGUAUUAGCAGGAUCACUUAAUGGUCUAUUUCUGAUGUGAAAGAAACUGUGUGCAUGCAGUUCCAGUUAGGCCUUGAACCUGGUAGAGACAAAGUACAAGAACCAGAAUCAAUCUGGUGAAAACUGCUGAUAGAAAUAGAAAAUAAUAAAACCAUAUGAAAAAAUGUUAAUGUUCAUGCAUUGUAAGAGAUUGACAUGUUGGUAAGAGAGUUCUUAGUUUAGAUUAGAACAUACCUGAGAGUUGUUCUUACCUGACGCCAGACAUUUAAAUGUGUUUCCUGCAUGACUGAUACUAAAAGAGGCACCUGUUGUUACGAACCAGGCCAGCAGGUCCUUCUGGUAUACAUGGGUCUGUUUAUAUGACUCCCAUUGGGCAUUAGUGACAAUUGUAAACAAAGGCCUUACAAUACAGUGAACGCUCUUGAAUUCUUAACAGUUAAAUGGCACAGCCAGUAAAUAAUUAUCCUAUACUCUAUCUAUAAGAUACCAUAAACGUUGUAGAUUUUCCAUGUCCACAAUGUCCCAAGGUCGUAGGAAUACAGAUAUUUGCAAUGCUUUUAAAAAAUUGCAAGAAAAAGAGUGAAUGGUGAUUUAUUUAGAAAUACCAGAUUUACAUCAAAAUCAGUCUGAUACAGCUUGUUUUAAUCUCCGCUGUCAUUCUCUGCAUGAUUAGUCAUAAAAACCAGUGCUUUCUUCUGUACAUGCAGAAAUCAAUCACGUUCAGCAGUGACUGCAGUAAA